AUGAGGAGAGGAGCAGCGCUCUACUCUGUUCUCGAGUUUGAUCCAUUGUGUUCUCGGAUUUGCUGUCGACACUACGACUCUUCCAGAAUGCGGCGGGCUCCGAUUCUGUACGUGAAGGAGAUCGCCUAUCCGAUUAUGGCGGCGUUUGGAAUCCCCGCCAACGUGCUGACGGCUUCGAUCUUGUACCGGGGACAGUGCGGACUCUCCAGAGGAAUCACACGUUACAUGGUAGCGAUGGCAAUGUCCGACCUGUUCCUCAUCUUCUUUCAAGUAUUGCUCCAAGGAAUCUACGUUCACUACACCCCCGACUCAUACCUGCGCCACACCACGGUGUGCCCUUCGUACGUAUACCUGCGCAUCCUCACGCUGGACUAUUCCGUCUGGUUAACCUUGUCCUUCACCUUUGACCGUUUCGUCAGCAUUUGCUGCCCGAAGCUGAGACUCACAUAUUGCACGGAUAAGACGGCCGCCGUUGUCAUUGUGUUCUUGUUGCCGCUGAGUUGUUUAAAGUACAUCCCAUUUUACUUCAUGUACGAGCCACGAUUCAACGUGGACAAUGUGAACUGGGGUUGCCGGCACAAACCCGCCUACUUCACUUCCAUCUGGUGGGUGGCUUUUUCUUGGAUGUGUACCAUCUCUCUCUACUUACUCCCUUUCGUCUUAACGCUGCUUCUGAACGGGCUGACGGUCAGGGACAUCAUAGCGGCCAGCAGGGUCCGCCGGCGGUUGAAAGGACUGGAAGGCAAAGACGCCGAGGUGGAGAAUCGGCGCAAAUCCAUCGUCUUACUCUUCACCGUAUCCGGCACCACAAUAUUACUCUGGACGACGGGAGGGGUGACUUACAUCUGUACCCGAAUUACAUUUAAUUUUGUCGGCUCUGAUCUCACAAGCCCCUCAAACAUCGCAAAUGAGGUGGGGGUCUUGCUCAUUCGGCUCAGCUCCUGCGCCAACACGUGUAUCUACGCAAUGACGCAGAGCAGAUUCAGGCAGGAGUCGAAGAACGGGAUUGAAAGUUUCAUUCGUUUUAUUAUUAAACUCACCAAACGGUCGCGGCAUUGA